AAAUGAAGAAUGUAUUUCAUUAGGGACAUUCAGACCCUAAUGGACAGGCUGCUCAUAGAUUGUCUUUCUAAAUAAUCGCAUUAUAUUCAAGCAUUUAAUGUUUUUGCUUCAGAAUAUUUUUGUUUCUUUUUGUUUUUUCUAGAUCAACAGUUGCGAUUGGAUGCACGACUAGUUAAAGGUACAAACUCCAAUGAAGUGUGUCUAACCUGAUUCUGAGGGCGUAGUUUUAUUUAUGCUUCAUAACAAAAGAAUCAUAUUUUAAAAAGUAAGACCGGAUUUAUUCUGAUUUUCUUCUGAGUUCAACAAUGGAAAAUUCUUCUCGUGAAAUUGUUUUUUCCCUCAUUGGACUGAAUGACACAAGAACAAACAAACUGAUUUAUUUUUCCUGUUCAUUUCUCAUCUAUUUGUUCACAAUUUUUGUGAAUAUAACUCUGCUUGUGACUGUCAUGCUGGACAGAGUUCUGCAUGAGCCCAUGUACAUCUUCCUAUGUAAUCUGUGUGUCAAUGGGAUUUAUGGUGCUACAAGUUUUUACCCCAAAUUUCUGCUGGACCUCCUAUCAGAUUCACAGAUUAUCUCAUACAGCGCAUGUAUUUUAAUUGCAUGUCUUCUGAUGGUCAGGCUGCCUUUGUGUGGGUUCAAAAUUGAUAAGCUUUAUUGCACAAACUGGGAAGUGGUGAAGCUCUCCUGCAUAGACACUAGUGUGAAUAAUCUAUUUGGAUAUGGAUUAGUCGUCUCUCAUUUCAUCCAAGCACUGCUGAUUGUAAUCUCCUACUUCCAUAUCAUCAGAACUUCUGUGCGAUCGAAAGCAGGACAGAACAGGUUCAUGGAGACCUGUCUGCCUCAUCUGAUCACUCUGACUACCUUCUGUCUAUUUGCUUCAUUUGAUGUCUUAUAUGCACGUUAUGGAUCCAGCAGCAGCCUGCAGGGUCUCCGUAACUUCUUCUCCAUAGAGUAUUUGAUCAUCCCUCCCCUGCUCAACCCCCUCAUUUACGGCCUCAAGCUGAAGCAGAUUCGUCUGAGUGUCUGGAGGCUGCUCAACAGAAAAGUCAGUGCACUGACAUAGAUUCCAGAAUGUUCUUCCUCUCAAUAAACAAAAUCAGUGAGAGACUGAAUUUUUUUUCAUUAACUCUUAAGGUGUGAUUGUAAUGAUUUCAAAAUUAGUCAUAUUGAAGCAUGACAGGACCUCGGUGCUAAAUGUGAGGUUCUAAUACUGAUGACAACCUCAAAUGCAUUUGGCAGCAAAUCAGCUGCUACCUUUUGCUGGUUAGGAUCAGCUACUCAAAGCUCAGGGUUUAAUAGAGAAGCUGCGCCCCCUUGUGUCCGUCACAGAUAUAUUACACACCACAGUCUGUAGUGAUGAGAGUAAUAAUCAAUGCUGAUGUCUGCUGCUUCCUGUGGGGGGCUAUAAUAGAGCUAUCACCUGCUACCUCCACUAAGAGGCUAAUCAUAGUUCACAUGACUCUCACUCCACCUUUUGGGACCCAGAGAUUUAUUAGUCCAUCCCAUCAUUACCCAUCACUUUAUGCAUUUGUAACCCUUAUUAUCUUCUUCUCUCCUGUCUUAUUGUUUUUCUGGGUAACUCCUCUUUCCACAUCAUAAUCAUGUCUCUACUAUAAGGAGGAAUUCUGAUUUGUACCAAAGACUAAACAAACAAACAAACCCUAUAAGCUCCUACAUCUGCUUCACCUCUACGACCCAGCAGUACCAAGAAUAGCUAAAUCAUCACACUUAAGCUGUAAUUUGAAGGAAAAUUCCCCCAAACUAGUAAUCUCCCUAUGAAACUUUCAACAAAUAGACUCCUUUGGGCAGCAGGCAUCUGUAAUCUAAGGGCUGCAAGCCUAUUUUGGGCACUUAGCAAUGCUGAAUAAUUUCCCCAACUCAAAAUACGUCAUUUAAAUCCCGAGAAACUAAGAAACCCUCACAUUACACAGAAGCUGUCAGACUCUGCU